CGUGUACAAUGUGCACAGAUCAAGACAGUACGUGGCGCUGUAAAUUGAAACAGGUCGUUCGAGAGUCACGCCUUCUCGAUGGUGUCUAUGUGAAGGCCUAUUGAGAUUCCUUCUUGGGUUUGGGGAAACCCAUUGCUUAAUUAUCUGUGAAUAUGCAGAAGUCGAAGUCGGCACCUAGCUUACAUUCUUCGUCCAAAUCAGUCAAGAUCCGAUUAAAAGCUGACGAUGUGCCACAUGCAGUUCUGUGGACAAGACGAGAGAGAAUAGAAUGGACCAUCAUGCUCCUAGUCGGUUCCACAAUCCUCUUCUCUGCACGGACCAUCCUUCCACUCUGCGCAGUCGACAUCGCGAAGGAGUUUGGUUGGGAUAAAGCUGAAACGGGUCUAGUGCUAGCGUGUUUCUUGUGGGGCUACCCCUGCACACAGAUCCCAGGCGGUUACCUCAGCGAUAAAAUCGGCGGCGAUUUGGUCCUUUACCGAGCGGCGCUCGUCUGGGGAGUGGUAACGAUCGUCACGGCUCACGUGCCUUAUCUCUACUCUUCCAAAGCGGCCUCGAUUUUUACCAUGGCGUUUAUUCGGUUCCUGCUGGGCAUCACGCAGGGCGUUCAUUAUCCCUCAAUGAGCAGCCUAAUCAGCAAGAAAGUCAACAUGGACAAUAAACCUUCCGUCAUCUCAGUGAUCUUUGCUGCGUCUUCAGCAGGCACACUUUUCACGGGUGCGGUAGGAUCCAUCAUGCUGCUGUAUUUCCAUUGGCAGGCCAUCUUCUAUUUCGUCGGCUUUCUGGGAAUCGCGUGGGGACUGUUCGUCCGAUGGUACGUCCGGAAACACAGCAAGAGAACGGUCUAUGUGUUGCACAACGGACGACAUGAAGAAAACGGAAUCAAGACGAAAACAGACGAGCGGGAGACGGGAACGAUGCAAGGAGGCAGUCACUUCCCGUGGAGGGAACUCAUUACUAAGAAACCUUUCUGGGCAGUGUUAUGCGGGCAUAGCUGCACCAAUUUCCUCUUCUUUAUUUUGAUUUCGUGGACGCCGACUUAUUUUACUGAGGUCUUCCCCGGUCAAAAGGGCUGGGUCUUUAAUGUACUUCCAUGGUUAGUCGCUAUUCCAGCCUCACUUGGCGCGGGUUUCGUAGCGACUAAACUCCUGGCCAUGGGCUGCCCAGUCGCACUGUGCAGAAAAAGUAUUCACACGUUAUCCUGUAUAGGAAUGUCCAUAUCACUAAUUGCCGUCUGCUUUGCCAAGGAAUACAACACAGCCUUAACUUUAAUCAUCAUUGCCGUGGCCAGUCAAUCAUUCAGUAACGCAGGGGUGCAGGUCAAUAUACAAGACAUUGCUCCCAAACACGCUGGUGCUGUCUACGGUAUUACGAAUUGCGGUGGCGCUAUAGCGGGUUUUGCUGGCACGUAUCUCACAGGGUAUAUUCUCCAUUUAUGGUACAGCUGGCCAGCUGUGUUUAGCAUGGCAGUCGCAGUCGUACUAUUCGGCUGGUCGAUGUUUGUAAAUUGGGGAUCGGCCGUUCCGGUGAUUUAACUCAGGGGACUGAUGAAAUUAAUGCUGUAAAUUUGUAAAUUUACUGAAGUACUAUAUUUGUGUAUUUAUUCCCAAUUUUUAUUUUUAAUUUUUUUUUGAAUGAGAUAUUAACAAGUAAGACGCCGAAACCUAAAGAGAAAGGAUUGAAUACAGUUCGAGAUUUUCCCAAAUUUUAGGAUUGGACUUAAAAGUACCAAAAUUGGACAUGCAAUUUCCAACAUCUCAUUUAUAAAUUUAACUCUCGAAAACAAUCUUUGUCAUGCCGUGGAAAUGUUCUUUUAGAAUGAUGCUUUCUUGCAAUCUUAAGAUUUGAAGAAACCAAAGGCCUGAAUGCAUUAACGGUUCCUUAUAGUACAUAUUUUGUUACUGUAAUAGGGCUACAAAAAAUUGUCUUCCACGUUGUUGGUGUUUUUUUUUAAUUGUCAGUACUUAUUUAUCUCUAUAGUGUAAUAUGUUAGAUUGCGGUGAAGGAUUUACUUAAAUAUUGUAUAUACAUCUCAACUUUCGGAUUUUACUAUAUUUUUAAAUUUUCAGUAGGUUUCUUUUUUUUUUAAAUUCAUUUAAUGAAGGAAUGCUAAAACUAUACAACGAACUGUGGCCAGUAGGAAUGGCAACAGGUUUUUUUUUUCUAUAUGAAAUAAAAAUGCUGCAAUACAGUGA